AUGAGUGAUAAGACGCCUGAAUUCGGCACAAUCAUGAAGCAUGCGUUGGCAUACGAAGAAGCCGUCGAAAAAGGACAACGCCUCUUGGCUCUAACAAUCGCGGAUAUCACCGACGGUCCACCUCAAAGUAAAUUUCAGGACAUCGAUGACCUGGAAGUAUGGGGUUGGUGUACUUUCACUCUUGCUAGCCCGAGUCCCACUCCUGCUACGAACCUAGUACGAGCCCUAGGCCCUACCCUCAAGUCUUCUCCCACUACAGCGGGUAUCCUUACCAAUCACGACGAGACCGUUACGGUCGACGAACCCGAGGCCGGUAUUUUGUUGGCAGAAUGCAACACGACCCCGGAAGCAAUGCUGAACCCAUAUAGGAAUCUGGAUCCAGCGACGUUGGUAGCCAAACUCCCAGAGCUGCGACAUUGGUCCGAUGUUGCUUUCUUGCAAUGGAAGAAUAACUAA